UCAGUUUAUCUAGUGCAUUGUGCUUUACAUUGAAAAUAAAGUAAGUUAGUUACCUUAUUUUAUUCGGUCCACCUGCAAACCCACACUACACAUUUGCUUCCUGUCCCUUCCAUGUUUUGAAAAAAUUAAAUGGGAUACGUUUUAAUUUUAUUAUCAACUUUAUUUGAUACACAAAAAGAGGAGCCGAAACCUUAGUAGUGUUAAUUGCAGGCGAAAAACUACUAGUGACUGCGUAAUCCACUUCGAUUAAAGAUGGAUGUGGAUGAGUACAGAAUACGCGGUAAAGAAAUGGUUGAUUAUAUAGCCGAUUACUUGAAAAAUAUACGUAGUAGAAGGGUUUUUCCUGAUCGAGUACCGGGAUUUCUACGUUUACAAAUACCUGAGAGUGCUCCAAUAGAAGGAGAACCAUGGAUAGAUAUAUUCCCUGACAUAGAAAAUAUUAUUAUGCCGAGCGUUACACACUGGCAAAGUCCACAUAUGCACGCUUAUUUCCCGGCUUUAAACUGUUUCCCGUCUUUGCUAGGCGACAUGCUCUCGGAUGCGAUCAACUGCAUUGGAUUUACAUGGGCAUCAAGCCCUGCAUGUACAGAGUUAGAAACAAUAGUCUUAAAUUGGCUUGGAAAAAUGAUCGGUUUACCUGAUGAUUUCCUACAUACUAGAAAUGAUUCCCUAGGAGGGGGCGUAAUUCAGACAACAUCAAGCGAGGCGACUUUAGUGUGCCUAUUGGCGGGAAGAACCCAGGCAAUUAAAAAGUAUCAAGAAAUAUAUCCCGAUUUGGAAGAUGUAGAAAUAAAUGCUCGAUUAGUCGGCUAUUGCUCCGAUCAAGCUCAUUCUAGCAUUGAAAAGGCCGCCCUUAUCGGUUUAGUAAAAAUGAGAUAUGUAGAGACUGAUGACAAUCUCUCAAUGAGAGGACCAGCGUUACUACAAACAAUUAAAAAAGACAGAGAAAAAGGAUUAAUUCCAUUUUGGGUGUGCGCAACUUUAGGGACGACCGGCGCUUGUGCAUUUGACAACCUGGAAGAAAUAGGAGCAAUAUGUGCUGAAGAAGAAAUAUGGCUGCACGUGGACGCUGCUUAUGCCGGUAGUGCAUUUAUUUGUCCGGAGUUUCGAAUUUGGCUGAAAGGUGUCGAAAACGCCAACUCUAUUGCAUUCAAUCCAUCAAAAUGGCUAAUGGUACAUUUCGAUUGUACAGCCAUGUGGGUUAAAAGCAGUGCCGCCCUGCACAGAACCUUUAACGUUGAACCACUCUAUUUAAAACACGAAAAUUCAGGACUUGCAAUAGAUUACAUGCAUUGGCAAAUUCCCUUAAGUAGAAGAUUUAGGGCAUUGAAAUUAUGGUUUGUAAUUCGAAAUUACGGUAUCAAAGGGCUACAAAAUCAUAUAAGAGAAGGCGUACGUCUGGCUCAGAAAUUUGAAUCGUUACUAUCGGCCGAUUGUCGGUUUGAAAUAGCGGCACGAAGGCAUUUGGGUUUGGUAGUUUUUCGUUUGGUUGGAGAAAACCAUCUGACGGAGAAGUUGUUAAAGAGGCUAAAUUCGAGAGGAAAUUUGCAUUGUGUACCGGCUGCUAUUAAAGAUAAAUAUGUAAUAAGAUUUACAGUAACGUCACAAUUUACUACAGUAGAUGAUAUUGUAAGAGAUUGGAAAGAAAUUAAAGUAGUAUCUGAAAGUGUACUAUCGGAGGUCGCGGAUGAAAAGAAUAAGACCAGAGUUAAACUGGCAGGUAAUUCAUUUUUUGAACGUCGGUUACAGAUGGAGUCGGAAUACCGUCAAAUCGCGUGACUACGAGUAGAACCUACCUGAUCAAUCCUUGUGAUUUGUGUAUAACUUAUUUCCCCCUUCGCUAUUAAUAAUAAAACUAGUCGAGAUUUGGAAGCGGCCUUCUUGUGAAUUUAGUGUAAUUACGUACCUAUAAGUUUAAUAGAUUAUUUAUACAUAGGCAAUCGUAAUAUAUUUGUAUAAAUAACUUUAA